CACCAUACAGAUCUAGUGCAUACUUAAUAUGCACUUCAUAACUAACUAAUAUAUGCUUAGACAACGCAACAUGUGCAUCCACAGCAAGAGCUGUGUUGAUAUUGACGAUUAGUAAUCAUAUAUAUGGUUGCAUUUGCGUUUAAAUCUGAAAAAUGAUAGUGUUUCUAUCGCGCAUGGCUAAAUCUCCCCUCGAGAUCUCCGUGGAAAAGGUCUUCUUCCUGUCAGCAGCAUCCCAGCGUUACUAUGAGAUCUGUGGAGCAAUCGCGUCUGAAGGUGAAAUAGGAGUCAUUUGAUUCAACAUGAGUGCAAGCGUUGAGUGUCAAUGGAGUCUCUGAACGCUGUGGAGCUCCGUGAACUGGGGGAUGGGAGCAGGAGAGAACCUCCUCCGUCCUCCUUAGGACCGCAGCCCAGAGCCGGCAUCGAAAACGCGUCGUUCGAGGAUGAGGAUCCAGGAACGAGGAUCCGCGUUACCUCCAGAACAUCUGGACCUGAGUUCACAUCCAUCGACUCUCAGUUGAAUCCGCUGCCUGUUCAGAGACAAGUGCCAUCACCACACUCCGAAGACGAACCUGAGAUUGAGUACAACAGCCAUUCAGUGGACUACGGGUUCAUAUUUGCGCUCGUUUUCCUUGUAAGUGGCAUCAUUUUAGUGGUCAUCGCCUACACGAUCCCAAGAGAGGCUAAAGUCAAUCCAGACCAAGUGACAGCGCGGCAGAUGGAGAAACUGGAGAUGUACUACGCACAACUCGGCUCUCAUCUCGACAAAUGUAUUAUUGCGGGACUUGGUUUGCUCACUUUGGGAGGAAUGCUUCUGUCUAUUUUAUUAAUGGUGUCUAUAUGCAAAGGGGAACUGUAUCGGCGGAGGACUUUUGCUAGAAGACCCAUGAAAUCGUACGGAUCCAUUAAUAUGAGGAUGAGGCAGUUAGCUGAGGGUGAUGGGAGGGAGACGCUUGUGGAAUGUGAACCGAACGCCAUCGCUGAUGCUGUGAACGGUAAUCAGGUUCCUUCUGGAACGCUAAACACGUAGCACAACAGAAUCAAAUUGAGACCUGUAGAUUUGCAGUCGCAAAAAGAAAUAGUGCUCGCAAGGCAGCGUAAAUAACAAUUUAGAUUUAGCAGACGCUUUUAUCCAAACGACUUACAGCAUAUAAUUUUUUUUUACUAGUAUGUGUGUUUCUUGGGAAUUGAACCCACAACCUUAUGUGCUGCUAAUGCAAUGUUCUACCACUGAGCCACAGGAGCAAAUAAAUGUUAGAUAAGUUUCAGUUUUUGGAUUUGAUAAUCUAAGUUGUGGUUUUUCUGCUGUGUUGCCAGAUCUCAAAAAGGAACUUGGCCUAAGAGCAACAUUAUUUUUAUUUGCUUUAAAAAUAAAAUAAAUAAAUAAAUAAAUAAAAGUAAUAAAAUAUAAUAAUAAUUAAUUCAUAAUUAAUUAAUAGAGAAAACAAAACAAAAACUGAUUACAUAAAGACUAAAUUAAUUACUUCAGUUGGCAAAUGUAUUUUAAUUAUACCGUUUUAUAUUAAUUUUAUUUUUCCUUAUUAUAUAAGGGGGAAAAAAAGCUUUUUUUUUACUCAUCAUUCGGUAUAGUAGUCAGAAAAUAAGUCUAAAAAAUGGCACCUUUUGACUGUCCAUAUUUCUGAGCUACUCUAGGGGGCCAAAAAAAAAUCCAAAUUGUGUAUAAUAGGUGGCCAUGGCAACAUAAGGUUAUAUAGAAAAAAUACCAAUCAUGAUUCGGUAUGCAAAUAAACACAAGAAAAAAAAAACUAAUUGAAAUUUUCCAGUCAAACUGUCAGUUAGAUUUUCACACUUUAAUCUUAAAUUGAAGUAAUUUCUUUAAAAGCUAAUAUCAGAGUAGAAAUGGAUGCACUCUCUUUGGUUUAGAAAAAAACGUAAAGACAAAUAUUCUUAUAAAGACUUACCAUGACUAAUCAGCCUUCCUGGCUUCGAUGAGUCAUGACUAAACAGUUUUGUCACAAUGCAAAGUUUUCACACUCCUAAAAUAAAUUUCAUUUUCUUUGUACCAAAAUAUGCAUUCUAUUUUUUUCCUUUCAAUUCUGGAGUAAAAUGUAACACGUUUUCAUAAAGUAACCUGUUCAUGCUGCCUUGCAAGCACUGUCUUCAUAUUAACCGAGGCUUAGACAAACACACAAAAACACAAUGUGACGGGGGAAACCUCAAAAGACUGUUGAAGGAAUGAAAGCACAAUGGUGAAGCGUCAUAAUAACUCAACAUGCUGCAGAACAAACCGCCAUCAGCUACUCUACAAAACUUGAAAUAAAUGUCUGUAUAAUAUAUAACAUCUCUAAAGACACUAUGAGUGGAAUAUAUACAAGCUACUAUUAUCCAAGGAUGCAAUAUGCCUUAAGACGUUGCAAAUGUUCACCGUAAAACACAUUUAGGCUUGUUUGUAUUUGUAUACUGUUUGUGUUUUGUAUAUGUGUCACACUUACUCGUUGUCGUCAAUCCAUGUUCUUGGAGUAGAAGAGAAUGUACUGCAACCAAGGGAAUAGACAUAUGAAUGCUUAACGUUUUAAACAAGAUAUCUAUUUUACAACAUCUAUCAAUAUGGUAAUUUAGUAGAUUUGUGCUAACAAUUAACAAAAAUGUGAAGUUUUACUGUAAUGGUGCAAUAUGCAUUAGAUUCCAGUAGAGAAAUAUAUAUUUCCAUAUCAAUGUCCAGGCUACAAAGUUGUUGUCUUCUCAAUGACACAGCAGAAAUAUGCUACUGUAUGCUUUAAGAAUAUGCUCAUCACCCCUAUUAAAACAAAGCUAUUGUUAUAGCACAUAAGCGGAAGUUCAUGUGCACCUGAUCCCAGAUGAAGCCGUCCUCACUGGAUUGGUUUUUCUGCUGAUGUAGUAACUACACUGUUCAAAAGAAAGAUUGUAAUCAAAACUAAGCAGAAACCUAAUAACAGCAGAUGUAUUACAAGUCUUAGAUGUAGUAAAGAUUAUCCUGCAAUGUUAUAUUUACGGGUGUAUCCAAAAUACAUACCCAGUAUAUUACUCUGUGUAGAACAGCUUUAUAAUGGCAUUUAAAAAAAAUAAAUAAAAAAUCGAAAUCCUCAGGCCAUCUGAGAUUUAGAUGAGCUUGUUUCUUUGUCAGAACAGAUUUUGAGAACAGAAUGGAUUCCCUGCAGUGAAUGGGUGCCGUCAGAAUGAGAAUCCAAACGGAAGAUAAAAACAUCACAAUAAUCCACAAGUAAUGGAAGUAAUCCACAAGAUGCAUGUUUAUAAGAAACAAAUCCACUAUUAAGCAGUUUUUAACUUCAAAUUGUUGUUUCUGGCUUAAAAAACGAGUUCUAUAUUCAGAAUAUUGCUUUAAAAAGUCAUCUUGUUUGAAUCAGGAGAGGAAUGUAUACAGAUCAAGCACUUUUUACAAGACAAACAGUUCUAAACAAUUAUGUGGAUUUUGGUGUGAGAGGAUAACAUGGGACAGACUUUUUUUUUACUGGAGGAAGCAUUUCUAUGGAUUAUGAACUUGUAUUUUGGCCAGAAGUUAAGAUUUACAAUGCCUUAAUGAUGUAUUUAUUUCUUACGAACGUAGCUUUCCACUUCACAAGACAUUAACUGAUGGACUGGAGUGGAUUAUUGUGAUGUAUUUAUCAGCUGUUUGCUCUCUCAUUCUGACGGCACCCAUUCACUGCUGAGCAUCCAUUGGUGAGCAAGUGAUGGAAUACAAUUCUCCAAAUAUACUCUGAUGAAGAAACCAACUCCUCUCCAUCUUGGAUGGCCUGGGGGUUCAGUAAAUAUUAAUUUCCGGAUGAACUGUUCCUUCACUGAAACUGGUAACUCAUAAAAAGCUAGGGAAAAGUGCACUUCUUAAAACAUGCAAUUGAGCAUUUGGGAUCACUGUAUAAUAAAGGUGAUUAUGAUUUUGUUUUUUUAAAUAUAUAUAUAAAUGUUUAAUAAUGGUUAAUGAGAGCACAUUAUAUCAGAGAGAGAAUAUUGUCACAUACCUAUAAUUUAUUUCACGUGUUAAAUAUUCUUUACACAAUAUAUUCACAUUUGGCAGUGAAAGUCUAAAGAUUGUUGGAACUUUACUAAAUACUGUCCUUUGAAUAUUUGGUGGUGUAUAAAGUGUGAUGGGUUCAACUCAAGUGCUUUUUGAAGUGAAAUGGACUAGUUGUAAUGUUUCUUUGAUAAACUGCCCAAUUAUAGUAAAUAUUUCUGUCAUUUAUUAUCUGUAAGAUGUUGGUUAUGGUGUGAUGUAAAGUUACAAGGUGAAGGGAAAGUGGUAUGUUGCUUUCACGUCUUCAAUUAUGUAAAAUUUUGUCUUGUAAGCACAGGGGACCUACUAUUGAGCACACUAAGCAUUUAUCCUACACUGAAUCUGUGCUUUUGGUCACAUUGCUCAUGAACAAGCCUCUGCAUGUGAAGGUCAUUUACAGACAAAAGGAAAUGCUUUUCAUCAUGACAGCCUAAACUGAGAAAGUCGCUAUAUUGAGAAUAGAAUAUUGCAAAAGUUUGGGAUCAGUAAUAUUGAUUGUUUUUUAAAGGAAUACUAUUGGUUAGCAAGGAUGUGUUAAACUGAUUGGAAUUUUCAGUUAAAAUAGUUUUAAAAAAAACUUUCAGCGCUGAAGCAAAAUUAGCAUAUUAAAAUGAUUUCUGGAGGAUCAUGUGAGACCAAAGACUGGAGUAAUGAUGCUAAAAACAGUUGUUUUGAAUUGUAUUAUUUCACAUAUAUUACAACAUUUUUAAUCAAAUAAAUGCAACCUUGGAGACUUCUUUCAAAAACAUUUAUAAAUGUUACUGACCCCAAAGUUUUGAAUGGUAAUCUACUUUUACCAUUUGCUAAAAUUGCUAAAUUGCUAAAAAUUCAACUCAGCAAGUGGAAUCCCGAAGACAUUUCCUUAAUAAAUAUGGUUAUUUCAAUCCAGUGGUGCACUCCAACAUGCACAAAGAAUUUGCAUAUAUUGCAGAUAUAGUAAGUGUAAUAUGACAGUAUGCUCUUCAAAUGAGCCAAAUAAUGGUGCUUGUAGUCGUUUGUGCUGAUUAGAAGCAGCUGCUCAUCUUAGUUAAUAAAUUAUCAUCAUUGUAUAAUCUGUGAAGGUUAAUCAUGGAGUCAGACUAUAAAGAGCUCCUAGAAAACCCAAGCACUGCUGAGGUUUGAUGAUGUGCAUAACACUUGUGUGGGCCAAACGUAGACUGUUAUAUAUUCUAAUGGAAUGCAGUACCACGGUACUUCUGGGCCAAUCAUCUCUGUUUUUUAAUGUAGAGAUCGGGGGUGUUUGAAUUGCAUGUACAAUGUGAGCUGUGCAUUUUAAGCUUUUAACAGCUUCAUAUAUGUUCAAGGCAAAUGUGUCAUCUUUUUUAUACUAUUUCCAUGUGUGAAAUAAAUCUUUUUGUUGCUA